AUGUCAGAGUCAGAGUCAGAGUCAGCGUUGACUGACGUUGGUGGUGGUUUUGUAGCUGGUGACACAAAUUAUAAGAGAAGAAAAAUGGCUAAUACUCGAAAUAACCCAAGAAGAGCAAGCGCUAGAAAUACUUGUUAUGCUGAACCGGGCGACUUGGAUAUUGACGAUGAGGAAAGUACAGUUGAAAUAGAUUCCGAUACGUUUGCUAAUGUGCAAGUUCCUCCUAAAAGAGCCAAAACUACGCGUGCUAAAACUACGCGUGCUAAAACUACGCGUGCUAAUGGAACCAAGCAGCAGCAGAACUCAUGGCAGAUAAAGUCUGAUCCGUCGUCAUCUGAUGAUGAUGACGACGACGAAGACGACGACGACAAAGAUGAAGAAUUUACCAUGAAUCUUGACGAUUUGAAGCAAAGUGACACUUCGGAAAAUGACUCUGACAUACAACUCAUGAGUUAUAACAAAGUUGAUAGAGACGGGUCGAGUCACGAUUUGGCCGUUACUAUAUCUUCUUCUUCUUCUGAUAAUGACGACGACGACGAAAAUAUGCCCUUAGCAAGGAGGAAAGUUUCAACUCCAACGGGAAGUUCCUCCACAGAGACAACUUCUGUGAGACAAAAGACCACUCCGCAAAGAAAAAGGCAUACACAGGACAAGAAGAAUACUAAGAAAAAGAAGGAGGAGAAGAAAAAGAAGAAGAAAAUGACCCAUUUUGAGCGUACCACUAAUAAUCUCUAUACUCAUCAUCCUGAUCUUGUUGAUGUAUUUACAAAUUUGGAGAAAUGUGAAAAAAUAAAACCAGAGAGGGCCGAACAUCCUGUAGGAAUGACGAUUAGAAUGUUACCUUUCCAACUUGAAGGUUUGAACUGGCUUUUGAAGCAAGAAGACGGCAGAUUCCAAGGUGGUAUAUUAGCAGAUGAGAUGGGAAUGGGAAAGACUAUUCAAACUAUUGGUUUGUUCAUGCAUGAUACGGAGAAGAAACCGAAUUUGGUUGUUGGUCCCACAGUGGCGUUGAUGCAAUGGAAGAACGAGAUUGAAAAACACACAGAUGGAAAGUUAAAGGUUUUGUUGUUUCACGGAAACAGUAGAGUUAACAAAGUUGAGGAGCUUGUAAAGUAUGAUGUGAUACUAACAUCGUACUCAGUGUUGGAGUCUUCUUUUCGAAAGCAACAAUACGGGUUCAAGAGAAAAGGGGCUACUGUUAAGGAAAAAUCAGCUUUACAUGCGACACAAUUCUAUAGAGUGGUUUUAGACGAGGCUCAUAAUAUCAAAGAUCGUACAUCCAAUACUGCUAGAGCUGCUAAUCAUUUGAAUACUCAAAAACGGUGGUGUUUGACUGGUACUCCAUUACAAAAUAGAAUUGGUGAGAUAUAUUCUUUGAUAAGAUAUAUGAAACUAUAUCCGUUUCAUAUGUAUUUUUGCACAAAGUGUGAUUGCAAAAGUAAUGAUUGGAAGUUUUCAAAUGGAAGAAGUUGUGAUUUAUGUGGCCACACGGGAAUGUUGCAUACCAAUUUUUUUAACCAUUUCAUGUUGAAAAACAUCCUCAAGUUUGGAUUAGAAGGUGAUGGAAUGCAGAGUUUUGGAAACUUGAGAUUAUUGCUACAGAAUAUCAUGUUGAGAAGAACCAAGCUUGAAAGGGCUGAUGAUUUGGGUUUGCCUCCUAGAAUUGUUGAAAUUCGUAACGAUAGGUUUAAUGAAGAAGAAAAAGAUUUAUAUACAUCACUUUACAGUGAUUCCAAGCGGAAGUUCAAUGAUUAUGUAGCUGAUGGGGUGGUUCUCAACAACUAUGCAAAUAUUUUCACUUUGAUUACCAGGAUGAGACAGCUUGCAGAUCAUCCAGAUUUGGUAUUGAAACGGUACGGUACCAAUCAGAUUGCUAAACAAAUUGAAGGUGUGAUUAUGUGUCAAUUAUGUGACGACGAAGCAGAAGAGCCUAUUGAAUCCAAAUGCCAUCACCGUUUCUGUCGAAUGUGUAUACAGGAGUAUGUUGAAUCGUUUGACGAUGCUCACAACAGAUUGACAUGUCCUGUAUGUCACAUUGGGCUAGCCAUUGAUUUGGAGCAGCCGGCUAUUGAAGUUGAUGAGGAGUUGUUUACAAAGGCAUCCAUUGUGAAUCGUAUAAAACAAGGAUCUCAUGGAGGAGAAUGGAGAUCAUCUACAAAGAUUGAGGCACUUGUUGAGGAGCUAUACAAGCUCCGUUCGAAUAAACAUACCAUCAAAUCCAUCGUGUUUUCCCAGUUCACCUCGAUGCUAGACUUGAUUGAAUGGAGGUUGAAAAGAGCCGGUUUCCAAACAGCCAAACUUUCUGGUUCCAUGUCUCCUCAGCAACGUGACAAUACAAUCAAAUACUUUAUGGAUAACACUGAAGUUGAAGUCUUUUUAGUUUCGUUAAAAGCUGGAGGUGUUGCAUUGAACUUGUGCGAAGCGUCACAAGUGUUUUUGAUGGACCCUUGGUGGAAUCCAAGUGUCGAGUGGCAAUCGAUGGAUAGAGUUCAUAGAAUCGGACAAAAGAGACCCAUUCGUAUUACAAGAUUUUGUAUUGAGGAUAGUAUUGAGCUGAAAAUUAUUGAAUUACAGGAUAAAAAGGCCAAUAUGAUCAAUGCUACUAUAAACCACGAUCAAGCAGCAAUAAGCAAGUUGACUCCCGAUGAUUUACAGUUUUUAUUUAUGAAUUAA